AUGUCUAUUUACAUCCAGGAUUUGAACAUCACAGGCGCAUGGUUGCGUGGCAAGCAGUCGUUCUUCAGCGUCACAGAGUUCGGGGGCAAGGUCGGGAUGGGGAAGACAGCGUGGGCCAAGUAUGAGAAAGCGUCCGUGCAAAUUGCCCAGGGACGAACCGCAAAUGGCGCUCGAUACCUCAACGUCUUCACGAAAGGCUUGGCCAACACGGGGUACCUGGUCGGGGGCCUCUUGGGCAUCGUCGACCAUGCCGCGGCGCCGCUGCCUGGCCCGCAGCGCAAGAAAACAUUGACGCUGUGA